AUAAUUACAGUGGCCCGUCACUAGGCAGUAUAAUGUGUGACUGGCCAAUGGUCUUUUUCUUGGCCUAGAAGGGCGCAGGGAGCUGAAGGUAACCGAGUGGCAGCGAUCGAGUCCCGGCGAAGUCUGUCGCGGAGUCACCGUGAAAAACACCAACAGCCACAAAAUGCCGAAUAAAACUAAAAAGGAAAAGGAGCCAACCAAAUCUGCCAAAAGUAGCACUAAAAACAGUAAUGCCACUAGUGGGAAAGACACAGGAACUGAAAAUGCAGAUGAGGCGCAGCAGCAGCAAACUGCCAGCAAGCGUCCCAGCAACAGCACCCCACCACCCACUCAGCUCAACAAGAUCAAAUACUCUGGCGGUCCCCAGAUCGUCAAGAAGGAGCGUCGCCAGAGUUCGUCACGAUUCAACCUCGCCAAGAACAGAGAGCUGCAGAAGCUUCCUGCCCUCAAAGAUGCACCCCUUAUUGACCGGGAGGAGCUGUUUGUGCAGAAGCUGCGGCAGUGCUGCGUGCUCUUUGACUUUGUCACGGACCCUCUGAGCGACCUGAAGUACAAGGAGGUGAAGCGUGCUGGCCUGAAUGAGAUGGUGGAGUACAUCACGCACAACCGCGAUGUGGUCACCGAGUCCAUCUACCCAGAGGGUGUGAUCAUGUUUUCAAUCAACUUGUUCAGGACCCUACCACCAUCCUCCAACCCCACAGGGGCUGAGUUUGACCCAGAGGAGGACGAGCCCACACUGGAGGCUGCCUGGCCACACCUACAGCUGGUGUAUGAAUUCUUCUUACGAUUCCUGGAGUCCCCUGAUUUCCAGCCUAAUGUCGCUAAAAAAUACAUUGACCAAAAGUUUGUACUGUCUCUCCUGGAGCUGUUCGACAGUGAAGACCCCAGGGAGCGGGACUUCCUGAAGACCAUCCUCCACAGGAUCUACGGCAAGUUCCUGGGCCUCCGGGCCUACAUCCGCAGGCAGAUCAACAACAUAUUCUACAGGUUUAUAUAUGAAACGGAGCAUCACAAUGGAAUCGCAGAGCUCUUAGAAAUCUUAGGAAGCAUAAUCAACGGCUUUGCCCUGCCAUUGAAAGAGGAGCACAAAAUGUUUCUGAUCCGAGGGCUGCUGCCGCUUCACAAAGUGAAGUCACUCAGCGUCUACCACCCCCAGCUGGCAUAUUGCGUUGUGCAGUUCUUGGAAAAGGACAGCAGUCUAACUGAACCGGUGAUCAUGGGCCUGCUGAAGUUCUGGCCUAAGACCCACAGCCCCAAAGAGGUGAUGUUCCUCAACGAGCUGGAGGAGAUCCUGGAUGUCAUCGAGCCCUCUGAGUUCGUCAAGAUCAUGGAGCCGCUGUUCAGACAGCUGGCCAAGUGUGUGUCCAGUCCACACUUCCAGGUGGCAGAGAGGGCGCUGUACUACUGGAACAACGAGUACAUUAUGAGCCUGAUCAGCGACAACGCAGCCAAGAUCCUCCCCAUCAUGUUCCCUGCUCUCUACAAGAACUCCAAGAGCCACUGGAACAAGACAAUCCAUGGGCUGAUCUACAACGCCCUGAAGCUCUUCAUGGAGAUGAACCAGAAGCUGUUUGAUGACUGCACCCAGCAGUACAAGGCUGAGAAACAGAAAGAGAAGUGCAAGCUGAAGGAGCGUGAGGAGGUCUGGCACAAGAUAGAGGAGCUGGCCAAGCAUAACCCACAGGUUGCCAACCUCCGACCUGGUCUCCACCCACAAGAAGAGUACAUGAUGUACAAUGAGAGUCCGGGAGGGGUGCCCUUGUACUCCAUGGAGACGGAGACGCCAACUGCUGAGGACAUUCAGCUGCUGAAGAAGACUGUCGAGACAGAGGCCACACAGGUACAACUACCAGCACACUCACAGGGGAUGAAGGACAUCAAGAAAGACAAGGUGAUGAUCCGGAGGAAGUCGGAGCUGCCGCAGGACGUGUACACUAUAAAAGCCCUGGAGCAGCACAAGAGAGCGGAGGAGUACCUGACGGCCAACGAGGAGGCCCUCUGACCAGGGAGCAGUGGCACCCCCUGCACCUAACCCCCCCCCCCCCCGUGUCGCAUCCAACCAGUCACCUGAUUUACGCCCCCUCUUCUCCUCCGCUUCUCCCCCUCCACUCCUUCAUCUCUGCCGGAGAUCCCCAUCUGCAGAAAACCAGGGCCAUCACAGAGACGGACAAGUACACACAUAUGCGCACAUAUAGGAACAUACAGACCUACAAUAGUUCCAGCUUGCACAGAGAUGCAUACAUACUUGACUACAGUGGGCCGAUCAUUAGGUUGCACAAGGACAACAAUAACACAACAGUAGUAUUAAGUGUAAGCAUCCGUGAAGCAUGUUUCUUUGUUUCCUUUUUGGAACCCAGCAUUACCUAUAGAGGGCAGUAGAUUGUGAUUGAUUCUCUUGCUAGCUUGCCUGGAGUGAGAGGGUGUGGGUAAUCUGAAUGGUUUGGUGGAUGAUGAGGCCAUGCUUUAGUCUAGCCGGAAGUCUAGUGAAAGUAGUGGUUCUGCUCUGUAAAAACCCCUAGCUGUCAGGUCAUGCCCAGGCAACAUAGUAAAUGUUGAGGAAGCGAAGUCUGUGACACAAAGCUUACAAUACAAUUUAGUAGUGCUGAGCUAUUAACCAAAAUGUUUUUUAAACAACUAAUUGACCGAUAUCGGUUCUAUUAUUUGAAUUCCAUUUCUUUAGAUUUUUUUCUGUAAGCUCAAGUGUGUAGUUUUUCUAGAGAAAUCAUUUCAAACCCAGACUGUACGAUAUGGUAGGGAGUUGCAGUUGCCAACAGGCCAGUAUUCUACAUAGUUUAGCAUGGAAAAUGUGGUAAUUACCUACAAUGACCAUAAUUCACUGAAAAUACAUGAUCUAAGUAAUUGAUAGUUGGUAUUCAGCAGUCAUAAAAGUAUGCCUUAUUUACUUUGAAGAACUAUUAAAAUAUUAAUUUUGUCAGACAGCAUAGCUCUAUAGGGAUGAGAUUAUGACUUAGAAUGAAAUAAUAAAGUAAUCAAAUAAAACAAAUGUAAUACACACAACUGAAAUAUUUUAUUAAAGUAAUGUGAAUAAAUUAUGGUUAAUAAGUGAUAAGCAGCACUGGGCAGUCAUUGCCAUCAUGGGACUUUUAUUAAUUCUUUUUAUUCUGUGUUACAGCAUUCAACAAACUAGUUCUGAGGAUUAGUGCUUUUUGAAUUUUGGUUUCGAUUAUUUAUUUAAAUAUUAAAUUAAUUUUGAAAUAAUUACAUUGCAAUGAUUUUAGAGCUUUUUGAUGGAAAUUCCAAACAUUAAAUUGCCAAAACAUUGAAAAUAUUCCAGUGUCUUGACAUCAAUAAAAAAUAGGACAUUUCUAUGAAAUAAUAAAAUAUUUCAGUUUUUAUUUGAUUACUUGAUUAUUUUACUUUACUUUAUUAUUUUUAAUUCCUUAGAAUCAUCAUCUCAUCUCUGCUCAGGCUAGUGUUAUCUAUGUGCUCCCCAUACUGUACUCUCUUCAGUCAUCUUAUAUAGCUAGCCUGCCUAAAGUAUGCUUCAGAACUGACUGGCAAAAUAUAUUUUUUUACUAGUUCUUCAAAGUAGAUAAGGCAUACUUUCACGAACUGUCUCUGUCCCUCUCAUUGUUUUGUUCUGUACAUUCCUCUCUCUUAAAAGUGUAUCCGUCCAGAGAUCCCUAACAAUGUCAUUGUCCCAAAGGCGGGAAAGCAGACGACAAGCGUUGGUUCAAAAUAUUGGGCAGAUUUUGGCGACAGUGAAACCUUACAUUCCGCCUCUUCCUCUCUGAUCCGUCUCUGUCCGAGCUGGAAAAAACAGGUGCAAUUGAUUGUGGUUAUUGUAGUUAAUUACCACGUUUCUGCAAUGAACUCGGUUGAACAUUUGCUUAAGAAAAACUACAACUCUCUUCAUCCCAGCGUCCCACAUAGUUCUUGACUUGAGUUCUCUCGUGAAUGAUUUGAUUUCCCACUAGGGCUCACAAAGAACUGUAAUUGAACUGAUGCCGGUCAAUUAGUUGAUUAAUAACCGGAGAGAAAAAAAUGAAAUGUUGGUUAAUCGCUCAGCACAACAACCCACAUAAUGUAUAGAGCAUUUAAACCGUGAUUAUUUUUUCAUAACCAAACCAACCUCAAAAAGCACUAAUCGUUCAGCACUACAACUUAGACAAGGCAAUUAAAUAAAAUGAGAGAGCACUAGGAAUCAAGAUGGCUGACUUUAUCUUAAUUUAAUUAUUUACUCUAUGUCAGUCUCUUCCAUGAGACUGUUUUGCUCACGUUUUAGUACUGUAAUUGUAUCUUCGUCACCUCUUUGCAGAGUAAAAUCAUGGCCUUACACCGUCUGUUGAAUUGCAUUUUCCCUGUUGAUUAGUCAUAUGCUAAUAACAUGAUUGUAAUCCUGAUGAUUGGUUUAUUUCAGAAUCCAUGAAAAAACAAUAACUUAGUUCAGACCUAGCUGCUCACAUGAAUUGUGUAGGUUUGUGUUUUUGUUUUGAUCUGUUUUUGAGUGCGUUUUGUAGUUCACAAAACUGGCUUUUGAAAAGCACUUAAAGAUAAAAAAAAACGUGAUAUAUUAGCAAUUGUCCGUACAAGAGAAUGAGUUGACAAAUGUCUCAGCUUGUAAUAGAACUGUAAAAUGUUUCUUGUAUUUUUUAUAAUUAGAGGUGUAGCUCAAAAACGAAUCAUGUCACUGUGUCAAAAAGAAACCUCCGAAAAUAAUUCCGUUAGAUAGAAUGUCAGGUUAAUAUUGUCCUCAAGAGGUUGGUCUUUAGGAAAAGCAACCAUUAACUGGUGCAGAAUUAGUCCAUCCUUUCUCCGUUUUCUCAAAGAUAACCUUCUUGCUCUGUCUACAGACUCUUGACUGCCAUGAUUGUUAUCCCAACUCAUUCAUUCCUUCCGUCAAAUUCAUGUUAAUAUGUUUAUUAAUAUUUCUGGCCCAAUGGUUAAUGUCGCCUCAGCCUCUAAUUAUUCCUCUCUAGCCUUCUUCUUGCCUUUCGUUUUUUAAUUUGUUUUUUAGUGGAUUUAUACUGAACAAAAAUAUAAACGGAACGUGUAACAUUUUCAAAGAUUUUACUGAAUUACAGUUCAUAUAAGGAAAUCAGUCAAUUGAAAUAAAUUCAUUAGGCCCACUAAUCUAUGGAUUUCACAUGACGGGGAAUACUGGGAAUCUAUUAGUCACAGAUACAUUUAAAAAAUGUAGUGGCGUGGAUCAGAAAGGUGAUGGCAGCGGUUGAAUGGCACGACAAUGAGCCUCACGAUCUAUUCACCGUAUCUCUGUGCAUUCAAAUUGCCACCGAUAAAAUGCAAUUGCGUUCAUUGUCCGUAGCUUAUGCCUGCCCAUACCUUAACCCCACCGCUACCAUUGGGCACUCUGUUCACAACGUUGACAUCAGCAAACCGCUCACCCACACGAUGCCAUACACGUGGUCUGCGGUAGUGAGGCCGGUUGGAUGUACUGCCAAAUUCUCUAAAAUUACUUUGGAGGCAGCUUAUGGUAGAGAAAUGAACAUGGAAUUCUCCGGCAACAGCUCUGGUGAACAUUCCUGCUGUCAGCAUGCCAAUUGCACGCUCCCUCAACUUAAGACAUCUGUGACAGUAUGUGACAAAACUGCACAUUUUAGUGGCAUUUUAUUGUCCCCAGCACAAGGUGAACCUGUGUAAUAGUCUUGCUGUUUAAUCAGCUUCUUGAUAUGCCACACCUUUCAGGUGGAUGGAUUAUCUUGGAAAAGGAGAAUGCUCACUAACAGAGAUGUAAACAAAUUUGUGCACAAAAUUUGAGAGAAAUAAGCUUUUUGUUAGUGUGAAACAUUUCUGGGAACUUUUAUUUCAGCUCACGAAACAUGACUAACACUUUACACGUUGCAUUUAUAUUUUUGUUCAGUGUAUGUUUCUUGAAAAUGCUCCUCUGUUGAGUCAGCCUCAUUGUAGAAAGGUAAGGGUUGUUUCAGUUCAAGUGUAGGGAAUCUCUAAGAAAUAACCUAUUUCGUUUUCUCUUCCUCCAAACCGGCUUGAUUCAAUAGGUCUCUGUCGUAGAUUGCGUUCUAUUGUUUCUUUCAGGCACUCAAGCAAAGUGCACUUUGUAUUGUGCACUUCCACACACAAUUAAUCCUCCUUAAAGGACUAUCUACAGAUGAAAAAAGAUACUUGCCUCACUAAUUAGGCACAAUAAUUAUGUUGGAAAAAGGAAAGCCUGUGGGUACCGUUCCAAAUAUUUGUGUUACGGUAUAUUGUAAUGUAUAUUGCUUAGGGUUGCAACCCCUUGUCCUGUAGGUUCAUCCCAAUUACCCCCCCCCCCCCUUUGUUUUUUUACCACUUGCUGUACGAUGUCAUAAUUUCUUUGUAAGGGUCUCUUCUAUUGUUUGAGCUUCCUGUCAAUCACUCCAACAGUGGGGAACAACUCCCUCUAUGGCUGCUGGGCAAAGUGACUCGCCAUCUCACCCAGGCAAUCUCUUGAACUGCAUUGUUGGUUAAAGGGCUUGUUCGUAAGCAUUUCACAGUGAAGUCUACACCUGUUGUAUUCCGCGCAUGUGACAAAUAAAAUUUGAUUUCCUUAGUGAAAAGUUGGCUGCCAAUGUUUCCUCCCCGACAGUAAUGUCAAGAGCAGUCUUAAUCCAAGCUAUCUGGAGCUGUUUAUUAUAUGAUCUCAAUUUCCUUAUUUAAAUCCAUUUAUCCUUACACUUAAAUAAAUGUAUCUUGUACUGUGCUCAGUUUUCAAAGUAGCGAUAACCUCUACACUCACCCUGCGUGGAACAAAUCUCAUCGGCUCAGAUAGCAGACAAGAUUUGGCAAAUCCAAAGAACCAUUCUCUGAAUUGUAUUUUCUGGUGAGGCUUGAAAAAGUUCUGUGCAUGAGACGUUUCUAUAUAAUUUAAAAUAUUAGUUCAUAAUAAAAUGAAUGUAACUGUUCUCUUACCUGACUGAACAAGGCACAUACAUUCCUAUUGACCAUGCUUCUAAAAGGUACUUGUUGAGACAUUCCAGACUCGCCAAGAGGUAGCAUUGUUACUGUACACAAAAUGCCAUUGCUGGGUGUCAAGUGAUGACAUGGAACUGUGCUUAGUUUGUCCAGCAGCCACACAAACUGAAGAUUACAUUUUGAAGCAAAGGGUCUUGCUCCACUCCCUUGUCCAGUUCUGACACUAAUCUUAAAUUGCCUUCCAGGUCAUAUGUACAUAGGUUGUACUUUAAUUAGUUAGAGCAUUACAUAGUAUGAAAAUCAUUUUGUACAGAUGUUCAUGUAUGUACAGAAAAAAAGAAAAAGGCAAAAAAUAAAGUGGACAUGUUUGACAUCCA